UGUUGUAGUGCAGUCUAAUGCUCCGCAGUGAUGUUUCUGAGACAGUGGAUAUACAGGAUGAGAUGGUACAAAUGGAUUUCAGAUAUCUAGCUGAAGAGAAUACCUUAUGGCAAUAUGAGGUAUUCUCCCAAGUAUAUAACUGUGUAAAUGAGUGAUGAAGUACUAAGGCAGUGAACUGCUAUGUCAAAGCCAGUAGGUGGCAGUAACAAGCUAAUCUUUUCUCUUAGACCUUCUUUAAAAAAAAAAAAAAAUGAAAACGAGAGCGAGAACGAGCAAGAGAGACAAGAAAUUAAGUCAGUCAAAGAGAAGAACUGAGAGUGAAGGUUGGCGUAUGGCAAAUGGAGGAUCAGAGGAUUUAAGGCACCUCUAAACUGUUGAAUUUUAGCAACUUCCAAUGUGUUGCGUAGCUUUGGGUCUGUUGCCGUCUUCCAAAUGUAACGUUUCGUAGUGCAGAUUCUUCUGUAUCCUGUGAAUGAACGACUGAAGUACCAGCAGAGGCAAACACAAGGGCUGCUGCAGAUUGCAGAAAUAGCAGCAUUUUGUCUAGGACUUGGGAGGAAAAUAGCAGAUGGGGGAAAAAAAUCAACUCGUAUCCAUGCCUUUUCAAAGAAUUGCUUGUGCUUUUCCUGCUUAGAGCCUUCUCUAUUAUUUUACCUACAAGAUCUGUGGCAUUUAUAUGCACAGCAGCUAAGGAGAAUUAAUAAUCCCGGGGACUGCUUGGAUAACUGUGUUUUGUUAUUCACUGCAUCUCUCUUGCAAGGAUGCCAGAGUAAGUAAAACCGAUUCACCUUCACAACUGCAAAACAUCACCAUAUAUACUCUUACAUCUUUACAGAUUGCAUUUUGUACAAAAAGAUGGUGAAUUGUCUGAGUCACGGCUGAAUAUCGAAAACUAUAAGCUCAUUGCCUUGAAAUCAAGAUAUGGAAUAUUUAUCUAGAAGCCAAUUUGAUAUUGUGCAUGCUAUGACUACGUUCUAACUUAUUUCACUAAUGACAGCUGUUUUGUUGUUGGAAAUGAAAUUGAAUUUGUAAGAUGUUUAGUGCUCUUCAUCCAGAAUAAGCACCAGUCACUGCGGCUCUUGCUUUAAUGUGGAGUCCAUUGGGAAUCUGCAGCUAUUGAUUGCUUAUGUUCGCCACUCACAAUAAUAUUUGCCGAACAUACCUUAAAUACUUGUGAAAAUGAGGACUGCUUUAAUCCUGAUUUUUUUUUUAGUUUAAUCGUUUGUUGAAGACUGCGGGGAGAGGAAGUAAUAGCAUGUCAAAGAUCGGCAACAAAAUGAGAGAGGAACAGUCAAAGCAAAUCUGGCUAUGAAUGCAGUAACUGUUCUCUAUUCAACUGUGAUUUCAAUCUUCUUUUUUUUUUCCUACCGUUUUUUUAAUCUGUGCAUUCAGCAUGCUUUGCCUGUUGAUUUGUUCCAGACUGUAGAACGAAAACUGGAAUUUAACUGAAUACAAUUGUCGGUUGUAAGCUGAUGUGGCUGUUGGCCUUAAAGAACAGAAAAAAAGUCUAAGAAUGAAAUGACUAAACCAAGCCGUGAUUGUAAUACUUAGCAAUUGAUGAUCAUCUUUGAUGGGUCCUUGCAUUUUGGAUGUGGUCCAGAUCGUCUGCAAAUCCACACAGUGUUUAAUAUUCAUGAAUUUCUGCUUGCAAAUAUAGCUAAUGUGAUGCAAGUGACAGUUGUUUUAAAGGCAUAGCUGAGUGACAACUUGGCAUUUUGUGAGUGCAUUUUUUUUUUAAUAGCUUUUUUCUGUUGGAAAGUUUGCAGCCACUUUCCCAGCCUGUCCCUCUAAACAGAAUGUUUUUAUGCAAGGCACCACUUUUUUCCCUCAAGCUCCUCAAUCAUACAUCAGAAUAGAACGUGUAAACUGCAAUCUGUCUAAUCUUCUUUGGAUGAGAUAGUUAUCAUCUGCUUUAAACCGUCCAAGAUUGAAAUACUUGGAUUUCUUGGAAAGUGAAAUCAAUCUCCUAAUGCUGUCAUAACUGCCCUCAUGUGGCAGAUCACUGGAGGCUUGCCUUCUCUAUUAGUUUUUCAUCUGACUGUGACUUUAGUGACAACAAAAAAUAGCUAACUGAUAAACAGCCAGUGUUUGGGAUGUGCCGCUUUGUCUUUUUUUACUUUUUCUAUUGGGCUUCUGUUCAAGCUUUGAAAACGUUGAAUUAUUCCAUUUCAGAAGAAGGGGGGUCAAGAAAUGCCAUAGGCAAUAUUAACGAUGCACAGCUGGAGCCACCAGAAAGAGGCAAAAGACCUAAUUUUAGGGUGCUGGAGAACUCUUCUCCUCACUUAUUGGAUGUUGAUUCGAACAGUGGGUUACUGUUCACUAAGCAACGGAUUGAUCGGGAAGCUUUGUGCAAAAACAUUCUUAAGUGUGUACUUUCUCUAGAAGUUUUUGCAAAUGAGAAGGAGAUAUGUAUGAUCAAGGUUGAAAUACUUGACAUAAAUGACAACUCUCCUAAAUUUGCAUCUGAUCAGAUUGAUAUUGAUAUUUCAGAAAAUGCCUCACCAGGUACCAGAUUCCCUUUAACAACAGCACAAGACCCUGAUUUAGGAAGUAAUGGCCUAAGGACUUAUAAGAUAAGAGGUGAUUCUGGCUUGUUUUCCUUGGAUAUUAAAUCUCGAGGGGAUGGUACAAAAGUUCCUGAGUUAGUUAUUCAGAGAGCCCUGGAUAGAGAAGAACAGUCUCAUCAUACACUUAUUCUAACUGCCUUUGAUGGAGGUAACCCUCCAAGAUCAGCCAAUCUGCAGAUAAACAUUAAGGUUAUUGAUGCAAAUGACAACAGUCCUGUUUUUCAAUCAAAAUCAUACACUGUUGAAAUAGCUGAAAAUUCACCAUUGGGUAAAAUGAUUAUUGACCUUAAUGCUACAGAUCCAGAUGAAGGCUCAAAUGCAGAUAUCGUCUAUUCAUUUAGUGGCUAUGCAUCUGAACAAGUAUGGGACUUCUUUACUAUUGAUUCUCAGACUGGUGUGAUACAGGUUAAGGGCAACAUUGAUUAUGAAGAAAUUCAGAUGCUUGAAAUUGAUGUGCAGGCAGAAGACCAAGGACCAAACCCAAUUCCUGUGCAUUGCAAAGUGACUGUUCUAGUUACUGACAUAAAUGACAACUAUCCAUCUAUUAGCUUUGUGUCUGUCCGCCAAGGAGCAAUUAGUGAAGCCUCUGUUCCCGGUACUGUUAUAGCCUUAGUUAGAGUUACUGAUAAGGACGCUGGAAAAAAUGGCCAAUUCCAGUGCUGGGUCUUGGGCAAUGUCCCAUUUAAACUUGAAGAUAAUUAUGACAACUUCUAUACAGUCGUAACGAGUAGGCCUCUUGAUCGUGAAAUACAAGAUGAAUACAAUGUAACUAUCAUUGCUAGAGAUAAUGGCAACCCCUCGCUAGAUUCUACAAAUUCUUUUACUGUAAGGAUUUUGGAUGAAAAUGACAACCCUCCAAGUUUUUCCAGAUCUAUGUAUGCAUUGCAAGUUUCUGCAAAUAAUAUCCCUGGAGAGUACCUUGGUUCAGUUCUUGCACAAGAUCCAGAUUUAGAGCAAAAUGGAACUGUGUCUUAUUCUAUAUUUUCCUCAUAUAUUGAUGGCGUGUCUAUCUCAACAUAUGUGUCCAUUAACCCAAGGAAUGGAGCAAUUUAUGCCCUAAGGACUUUCUAUUAUGAGCUAACAAAAUAUUUUGAAUUUAAAGUAAUUGCAAAGGACCUAGGCACUCCACAUUUAGAAAGCAAUGCCACUGUCAGAGUAUCUGUUCUAGAUGUAAAUAACAAUGCACCAGUCAUUAUUCUACCCAGCUUACAGAAUGACACUGCUGAAAUUUAUGUGCCACAAAAUGUAGGCAUGGGAUAUGUUAUUAGCACUGUUAGAGCUAUGGACAUUGACUUUGGUGAAAGUGGGCGAGUAACUUAUGAAAUAAUUCAGGAAAGUAAAGAGAACCUCUUUGAAAUAGAUACAGUGACUGGAGAGAUCAGAUUGAUCAACCCACAUUGGGAGGAUAUUGCCCCAGUGGUUGAACUAAUAAUCAAAGUCACCGAUAAUGGAAAACCAUCACUUUCAACUGUGGCAAAACUCAUCAUAAAGGCAAAUUCAGACUGUUUAGGGUGUUAUGAUGAUGACAAUGUAAUUGGAGAACAACGGGAUUGGGAUAUUUACUUACCUGUUUUGGUUGCUCUGAGUGCAAUUUCUAUAAUCCUUUUUGCGGCAAUGGUCACAAUAGUUGUUAAAUGUAAAAAGGAGAACAAAGACGUUGGAUCCUACAGCGGUAGGACAGCCUACACCUCUCAGCCUAAAUUGGGGAAAAUGAAAAACAAGAAGAUAAACAAAAAUGAUAUUAUGCUUGUCCAGAGUGAAGUGGAAGAAAAAAAUGCAAUGAAUGUUGUGAGCUGCCCAUUACUAGUCACAUCUCCAAUGUAUUUUGAUUGUCAGUCCAGACUUCCUCUCAGUUCCUCUCAUUCAGGCGUUAUGUAUCUUACUCCUAAUUCUAAUGAGACUGAUCCUGAAGAGAAUGCAGGAUGUCAAAAUCAGGACAAUGACACAGGCCCAACAAGAAUGGCAUCUGAAAAUUCUUCUACCUCUACUUGGAUACCAUUAACUAAGACAGACAAUUUCCCUGCUGAGUCCAAUUACAUGGGAAGCAGACAGCAAUUUGUUCAAAGCUCAACCUUCAAGGACCCAGAAAGAGCAAGCCUAAGGGACAGUGGUCAUGGAGACAGUGAUCAAGCUGACAGUGAUCAAGAUACCAACAAAGGUUCCUGCUGUGACAUGUCUGUAAGAGAGGCCCUUAAGAUGAAAACCACGACAGCUAAAUGCCAACCUUUGGAGCAAGAUCCUUGCUGUAAAACUCUGGAAAGGUGUAAUGCAAAGUCUGUAUGCAAGACUGUAUGCACAGAGCAAGAGGAGUGUGUUAACUGUACAGAUGAAUGCAGAGUCCUUGGCCAUUCUGACAGAUGUUGGAUGCCGCAGUUUCCUACAGCAAACCAGGUUGAAAAUGCUGAUUAUCGCACAAAUCUCUUUGUUCCAACUGUGGAAGCUCACGUUGAGACUGAGACUUAUGAAACUGUGAAUCCCACUGGAAAAAAGACAUUUUGUACAUUUGGGAAAGACAAACGAGAGCACACCAUUCUCAUUGCCAAUGUAAAACCAUAUUUAAAAGCCAAGCGUGCCCUGAGUCCUCUGCUACAAGAGGUUCCCUCUGCCUCUAGCAGUCCAACCAAGACAUGCAUUGAGCCUUGUGCCUCAACUAAGGGACCAUUGAAUGGCUGUGAAAUAAAAUCAGGAGUCUUGGCAGAAACAACCAGUCCAUACCUGUCUUCUGAAAGUCAGUACAUAUCGCCUAGUAAACAGACAAAGGACCCUCAAUAUAUUGCAUCAGACCCAAUGGCUCGUGUAUUUGCUGAUGUACACAACAGAGUGAGCCGAGACUCAAGUGAAAUGGACGCUGUCUUGGAGCACCUGGAGCAUUCGAAUCGCGAUUUGGGCCGAGAGUCUGUGGAUGCUGAGGAAGUUGUGAGAGAAAUUGAUAAACUCUUACAAGACUGUCGAGGCAGUGAACCUGUGGCUGUUAGAAAGUGAGAUGGACAGAGAGGCUAUUAUGUUUGCCUUUUUUGAAGUUACAUACAGUUUUCCCUUGGUACAGCACAUUUUCAGGGGAGAUGAUGGACAGAUGCUGCUUUGUGGCUAAAAGUGAACUUUUAAAGUGCCCCCAAAUUCUUGUCACUGUCUUUUUUUCUGUUACUCAGAUUACACUGGCUUUAUUUUGGCAAAAAAUACUUUUGGACAAAGUCAAGAAUAAUAUGUUGUGGUGAAAUUUGACAAUCUGUUGUAAAAGGGAACAGAACUGGGACUACUUGCGAAGUUGUGCAACUUCCCACUGUAAUUGGUGUGACUUUUCAUUUGCCGAGGAAAAGAACCCAUUAAUUAACAGGGUUAACUAAUAUAUGUGUGGAUUUUAAAUGAACAUCACUAGCUUCUAAUUAAAGUCCUAACUAAUUUUUGCUGUAGUCUUAGCUGCACAAAACAUCAACACCCAUUUGUGGUUAACAUUUCUAUAUAAAUUAUCAACAUUCCAAAAACAUUUCCAGUACAACCUGUCAGUGUCAUGUAGUACAUUUUCAUGCCACACAUAGUAAUAUAUAUCAACAAAAUUAUAUAGUCGACUUACUGUGUCCUGCACUUGCAUACGCUAAUUCACUUUAUGUACGAUGAAAAGUGUUGAAUUAGAAUUUUAGUGUCCUACAAAAAUUUACACACAGUUAUCUACAUAGAAAUAAUUAUGUUUUUCAACUGCUAAAAAUGGUUCUUAAAAAAAAGAGCAUUGCCAUCUAAAAGUAAAGUUAACCGAUAGAAUGGAAAUAUUUUUUUAAAUUAAUUUGUGGACACUAAAAUUUGCUCAGGAAAGUAAAAUGUCCCAUUCAUAAAAACAAAAAACAAAAAAAACAAAUAUCACAUGACCAUUUAAAUGUGCAAAUGUAAGAAGAUUUAAAUGUGUUUACAUCAAAAUUACAUAUUUUUAUGAUUUAUUUGCAAUUUUAGUGCAUAUGAGCCAAAUUGUUGCGUGUAUAAGAGCUAUAUUGUGUAUUUUAUUAAAUUAAUAUAUAGUUGUGUUGCAAAAAGAAAAAAAAAAUGGGCUUAUAUUGUAAAUGGCAAGUGUUGCCUCAGUAGCUGUCGAACUCUAUGAGUUUUUGUUUUCCUGUUUCCUUUUCCCUCUGUGGAUUAUGGGAAGCAGUGCCUCAGAGCUACAACUCUUGUUAUAUGUAUGGUCUUAAAACAGUAGUACAUAAUCUGUUCAAAAUGUGUUUAAGAAGACUGUUGGAGCAAAGUUAGCAAGAAACAAACAUAUUCUUUAAACAUGUCAUUGUGGAAGUUUACAUUUAAAAGUGGAACUGUGGCCAGGCAUGGACAUUCACAUAUUUACAUAUUCUUUACAAGCAACAAAUACACAUUAAAACAAUACCUUACUGACCCCAUGUAGCUGAAGGCAAUAUAGAGUAUUUCAUCCUCUUAAUCCUAGCAGAAAAAAUAAAUAAAAUAAAGGCCACCUUUACUUUAGAUAAACACCCCACCCCCUUAAGUUUACCCUGCCUGGUAAAAUAAUUACUUUAUUUCGAGAUCCCGUAAUCUUUACUGCAUAAUUAUGUUUGAUACUGUAGCGUCUUUGCAAGGAAAAGUUCUGGAGAGGUCCUCUACCUUUUUUUCUUGUUCCUUAGGUUCAUUUCAGCAGCUCUGCCCACCUACCUCGCCCCUUCUAUCAGUGAAAUAACAGCUUGCAAACGUUCUUACUAUUGCAUUUUAGGAUGAAUUUCUCCACAGUGCCUGCAUCUACAUAGGUCAUUGAGGGUUUGCUGUCAUAUUUAUUGCCUGUUAAGAAAAUGUUAAUAUGUGAAUGUCCUUAGUCUGGCCACAUGUUUACUUUAAGUCCAUGAUAGGAAACCAAAUAAGGGAAUAUUAUAUAUAAAGCCUUAGUAACACUUUUCCCUUCAAAACUGGCACCAGUUAAAAUCAUAUAGCACCAAUUUUGAAAUCAUAUUAAUAAAACAAUAAAGGCUUAUUUAAUAACGUGUCUUUGAUGUGGAUUUCCUACAUAGGGGUUCUUAAACAUAAAUUCUUUUUGUAGAAAUGAAAAUGUAUAAUUUGGGACAUAAGUGGACCAAGAUAUCAGAAGGCCUGAUGUCAAAGAUUACAAGUGUGCCAGGUGCAUCACCUGUUCCACAGCAUUAACGUUAACAUAUUCAGCAAAAAAAAGAAGUAUGUUUAGCUUUGCACAAGAUUUGCACCAAAGACACAUCUUAAAUAAGCCACAAAAUGUCAUGUUUACUAAGUAGUGCAUAUUCCAAAAGGCAACUUCAUGAUGAAUUUGCCAUUAAGCUCAGUUUGGAAUUGUGAGCUGUCUUAUGGAAAGGCCUUCCUUAGCAAAUAUGUGCCAUAAUGAUUUAGUAUGAUAAUUCUAAGAUUUAUUUAUAAGCAAAAUAUAUGUAAAAUCAUAUUCUUGUGUCCAGAGACAUUUCUAAAGGUAUAAUUUUAAUAAUUGCAUGUUUAUUUGUCUUUUUAAUACAUCUUUAUAAAAUAAAAAAUAAAAACAAAGGCAUAAAAAUACAGAUUUUUAUACACAGAAUGAUAUGCACAGACAUGUCGAGCUGAACAAACAUUAUUAUCUUGUGUAUGGAUUGUUUACAAAAUGUAUCUUCACAUCACAGCAGGCAAAUGGGAAGUACUGUAAAUUCUAAUAAAAACUGACCAUUGGAAGAUUUACUAAAGGAAUACUUUUGGUGCUAGCCCAGUUUAACAGUUUUCUUUGCAAAUAGCCAAUUUAAUUUUGGAGAGUUUUUUAUUUUUUUUAGCUUUUCCUUAAUCUUAUUGGGUGUUUCAACAUCCAUAGGUUUGCACUGCUAGUGUAAGUAUUAGGACACCUGUGUGUGAUCAUUGCUCAUUUUGGGCAGGGAGGUUGAGCUGUUAAAAUCAUAUAUCCAGUGCACCUUUCUGUAUUUACAAGUAGACUUUAAGACAUUUUGAGAGAACAAAAUAAAUUAAAUGAAAAAUCUGUGUUCAGCUUGCUUAAAUCCACCAAACUGUACCUUAUAUGAUUAAAUACAGCUCAUAUUUUAAUUGCAUUGCACUACAGUACUUAAUACCGCCCACAGCAAAAAUUUACCUGGGUACAUUUGCCAGUGGAUUAAAGCCCAUACUCCUUUAGUAAAUCACCUCCUCAUAUACACAUCUGAAUUGAUUUAUAGUGUAAUUUCCAUAGUUAUUUGUCAAUUCAUUUCUUUGUACUAAUUAAAUGUCAGUACAUGUCUUUGUGGAUGUGUGGUUAAGAAUACCAUGUCUUUUAAUUCUCCCAGGAAAUGUCUUGUGACAGCGCUUCAUUGUCAAUUGCCUACUGGCUACCUUGCAUUGUUAACUGUAUCUCAUUAUCAUGGUACAACAUGUACCACAAACAACUGACUGUACAAAUGCUGCAUUGCUCUGCAUAUUUUGGACAAUUUAUGUACCUAAAUGUAAUGUCUGUGUGUUUUGCGAUGUCCCUAUCCAUUGGGAGGGCCAGGCUUGAUUUGCUUGAUAGCUGAAAUUCCACAGUAAAAUCCAAUUUGUUUCUGGCAUCUAUAGAAUUUUUUUUAAUAGAAAAGGGAAGGUUGAUGUGGGAAUAGUCAUAAUAUGCCUUUUUUUGUUUAGUAUAUUGACUGAACAAAAUUCACAAACCCAGUUUAAACACACACAGUUUUGAUUCCGCUGAGCUUAACAAGUCAUCAGUAUCUUGAAAACAAUAGGAAAGAUUUACCAAAACAAUAGAGGCUGUUCAGUUAACAUGUUGCGUGUUCACAAAGUUUAGUAAAUAAAGUGAGCUGCAUUCACUUUGAAUGGCAAAUCAUGUGCAAGAGAAAUGUAAACAUUCUUUAUCGGAUGAUUGGCGUGAACACGGCUUCAUCUUAACCACUAAGCUAAGUCAACAUUUACUUUGUGAUGUGAAAAUACACUUUGCAAAGUAUGAUUUUUACUUGUUUAGUAAAUCAACCCAGUUCACUCCAACAGAAAUCAAGACAGAAGAUUCUGCCAUGUUUACAACUCAUUUUUAAAUUUCCUAACCUUGUAUAUAUGUUUUAUUUUAUUGAUAACUAAAAUGUAAUGGUAAUUUGGAAACAGUUUGUGGUUUGCUUCUGUUGGGUAUAACACUGCUUUACUUGGCUAUGGCAAAAGGAUUCAAAUCAUUCCAAUAACAUAAGCAAUCCAUUAAAAAGUUAAAAUAAGA